AUGCAAAGAACGACGAGAAAACGACGCGAACGGCGCGAAAAGAACGACGAGAAAAGAACGAAUGACUGCGAGAAUGGUUGCGAUACGUGCUUUUAUGCCGCCGAGAAUGGACAUUUGGAGUGUUUGAAGUACGCGCGCGAGCACGGGUGCGAUUGGGACGUGUGGACGUGCCGUGGUGCCGCCUAUUAUGGACAUUUGGAGUGUUUGAAGUACGCGCACGAGAACGGGUGUCCUUGGAACUGGGCGACGUGCAUCGCUGCCGCCGUGAAUGGACAUUUGGAAUGUUUGAAGUACGCGCGCAAGAACGGGUGUCCUUGGGACGAGAAGACGUGCGAGGGAGCCGCCAAGUAUGGACAGUUGGAGUGUUUGAAGUACGCGCACGAGCACGGGUGUCCUUGGGACGAGUUGACGUGCUGGAGUGCCGCCUAUUAUGGACAUUUGGAGUGUUUGAAGUACGCGUGCGCUCACGGAUUUCCGGGUUCAGAUCCUUACGCCACGGCGCUGAACGAAGUCUGUAUACCAGACGCCGACAAGCGACUCGGCGUCGAAGUCGCGCUCAUGUUUCAUCGAGCGAACGGUGGCGACAUCUCCAUGCGAGAAUUCCUGCCGGUAUGGAAAGAGCACGGAGAGCUUUAUCGCGAGGCGCACUUGAGAGUUGCUCGAGAGCUAGCACCGACGUUAUGA